AUGCAAGCGAGGACGCCAGAUCCACCAAACCCUAAGGCCGAUCUCUCUACUGGACCCCCAAAUUCCAACGGCAUUGCUCAGUCCGUCGCCAACCCCGUUCCCUCUCUGAGAGAUGUCCCGCCCAGGUCGCCGCCGACCGGCGGUGCGGGUGCUCCGGCUGUACCGCCGGGGUUUGGGAACCCUAGCGCCGGCCUUUCACCCUCCUCCACGCGCGUGUCGCACCACCGUCGAGCACAGUCCGAGCUGGCGUUCCGGAUCUCGGAGGAGCUCGAUCUCGGAUCAGGCGACCCUCUUUCGUCGGGCUUCGACGAGAUCGGGUCGGAGGACGAUCUGUUCUGCACCUACAUGGACGUCGAGAAGAUGGGAUGCAAGGAGGAGGAAUGCGGAUCUGGGGCGCUCGGUAAUGGGAGUUGGGGGGAUCGGGCGGAGGCAGAUUCCAGGAUGAGUCAACCAGGAGGAACAGAGGUGGCAAAAGGAGACAAUGCUGUAAGGGCGGGGCCUGUUUCUAUGGCUGUCACACCAUCGACGGUGCCUAGACCUAAACAUCGGUACAGCAAUUCAGUUGACGGGUCAGUCCUGUUUUCAUCCGCGUUUACGAAAGCCGAGGGAGCAUUCGGGGAGGUGGCAGAGGCUAAGAAGGCGAUGCCACGGGACAAGCUCGCGGAGUUGGCUGCCAUCGACCCCAAGCGCGCGAAGAGGUAAUUUCUUCUUAUUUUCCAACUUUCAGUUAUUCCUUUGCUGGACGUUACGCCUUUGGGCCACUCUGGAAAAGAGGGAUUUUUUUUUCUUUUUCUAGCUAAUGGUUUGCAUUCUUCUUCUUUAGCCUCUUUCAGAGCUUUUCGUGAUCUGUUGCUUCUUGAACUUUACAUUUCAAAUAUACUUGAAUUUUUUUACAGAUUCUUUACACAUAGUUGGUAUUUGCACAAUCUCCAAAUUAAAUAAAGUCCAUCAGUUAAGAACAUUAUAUGAAAUAUAAAUUUAAUUUUGAGUGCCCUUUUGAUUAUAACAUACAAUUACCGGCCAGAAAAAAAAAUCUUUCCUGUUACUAUCUACCGGAAAUGGGCAGUUUGGAACUGGAGAACUAUAUGAACGUGAUGCCUUUUUUAUGUUUUGAAUAACAUCAGCCGAGAGAUUUUAGGCCUGAUGCGGCUAGGUCUUUUCCAGUGGGUAUCAUCCAUACAUCAUUGCCUAUUUGUUUAGGGAAGCUAUAUUUCGUACUUUUGUGCCUUCAUCAUCAUCCCAAAUGUUCUUCAAGGAUGAUAUGCAUAAAAUUUUUAAUUUUCCCAUCCCCAUAUUAGUUGUGCAGCCAUCAUCGAUUGUCUUGGGAAAAUACUUUCCAAGGUUUUAUCAAAGAAUUUGCUUCCCUGUUGAGUAUCCUUAUUCUGACCUAUGCUUAUAUAUGUUUAAGUGUCAUCUCAUUCUAUUCUAUGUUUCUUCAUGUUCAUUGAAUUCUCAACUUUUUCUCUUGUGGGCUAGCUACAUGGCCGAUUGCUGCUUGAAUUUUUAAUGGAACAAAGUUUACACCACUCGCUUGCUUUGAUUUUAUACUCCAUUAGAGGCUGAUUUAUGCGUAAACUACUGACAGAGUAAAAGGUUUAUUGCCUCCGAUUGUCUAUUGAGAACAAAUUAUCUUCAGUGGUACUAGGUUCCGAAUAGACACAUGUGGGAUGAGCUUCUGAAUUUCUGAGGUUAAAUAUUACUUAAUAGUGUAGAUACGUGGGUAUGUCUCACUAUCUGAGAAAAAAAUAUUUUCCCAUCCAAAACUUGGAUCAUUCUUUGUCAUAACUGAGAAAUAAGAUAUCUUUAAAUAUUUAUAAUUUCUCCCAAAGCAUCUUACAUUCUCAUCGGCAACGCCUACUAUCUCAGUGCAGACCUUGGCCAUGAGCUUGUACCUAUCCCCAUCCUUGGCCUUAGGGCAGGCAGCCAAUUAGGAAGAGCUCAUCACGAUCUUAGGGCCUAUAUUAGAAAUAGAUCAUCCAAAGCUACUAUAUUCAUGGCAUCAUUUCGCAAAUCUAUUGACAAUGGAAGGUAAUAUUUUCUUUGACUUAAUUAAUGCAUUACUUCCCUAUUCCAGUCUGACAGCUUUCUUGAAUUAUUGGAUUCCUUGUAUUCAAACUGCCAUUACUUAGUAAACGUUUGAAUGAAUAUCUCUAAGUUCAUAUUAUUGGAGGUAGAUGAUGGAAGCUCCUCUUCCAGCUCGUGCACAACACAUGAGUGCCUGAUUCUUCAAAGUAGACAGUAUACGUCUCUUAAACAGUAGUGUUGCAUUGUUCUCAGUGUGUGAGAUCUAGUUUCUAUUAGACUUUGGUGCUUUCCUGUUUGCUAUCUAUGAAAACACUAUGGUUGCUCAGUAAUCACUGAACUAGUUAGUUGAACAGUGAUUUUUUGACGAUUCAGGAGGAAUCAAAACAAAAGCAUUGCUUUUGAGGUAUUUUGUCUACCGAGACAUUAUUUCGUGAUCCAUGAAUAGAUAAUGUUUCCUUGUAUGCAGAAUCUUGGCUAAUCGACAGUCUGCUGCUCGAUCUAAGGAACGGAAGGCCCGCUAUAUAUCUGAGUUAGAGCGGAAAGUUCAGACGCUUCAAACUGAGGCCACAACUCUUUCUGCACAGCUGACCCUGUACCAGGUCUGCAUUGCUGCUUCCUGAAGAGUUCAUAGUCUUGAUUUGAAAGCAUAAUUUGAAAGGAAAUGGUAUCUGGGAUUCCUUGAGAAGCAUACCAUAGAUGGAAUCAUAUUGAUAUACUGCGUUGAUUUCAUUUUUCUCGUCUACAAAUUCAUUGCUCCUUUUAUGGGUGGCCUUUUCUUCUGGGUCUAUCUUCCUUCAUCCGCAUUCAUUUUACCCUAUUCUUUCUUUUUCUUGAUCAUUUUCAUGCCAUGGAUUGAUCUUAUGAAAGUCUUCUAAGGCAUGCUGGUUGUCCUCUCCUUUUAAGCAGGGAAUGUUUAUUGACCAUGGAACCCAUUUCGUAGUAAUAUAAGUUCCUCCAAUCGUACACUAUAUGAGCGACCAUUUCUUUAAAAAUAGAUAGCUUCUUAUAUAAUCUAUAUAGAACAUGGGAGCUGAUUUUCUUCUAGGCUUCGGAUCUGCAACUUAGGGAAACUCUGCUUCAUUUUCGUUUUGCUGCUGCUCUAUUGAUACCUAAGAUUGCUGUAGCCCCUUCCAGCCUUGCAUGCUACAAUAUAAAGUCACUUGCAUGCUAACUUUUCUUCCUUCAUCUCCCAGAAUUUCCUCUAAAGGAUAAGAGUUCCUUUCUUCGCCUUGAAAACCGAUGCAUUUAUCAGUUUGCUCGUCAUUUAUCAUUUAAGAAGCAUAAUCCCCUUGCUUCUCUCUCCUUCCCUGCCUCCCUCUCUGUAGAGAGACACAGCAGGAUUGACCACAGAAAACGCCGAGCUCAAGAUGCAGUUGCAGGCGAUGGAACAGCAAGCCCAGUUGCGCGAUGGUAAGCUCCAAAGAGAAACCCUGGAAAUAUUUUCUAGAUUACUGCUUUCAUUGAGUAUCCCUCCCUAAGAAAGCCGAUUAUCUUGUUCUGAGUGAUGGAAACUCGCUGGCCCUGAUUCUUGAUCUUGAGUUAGACCAUAAAAACCUAUUUUCAAUUUUUUGUCACGAUAAAGUUAUAUUGUCGAGCAAAAACCUUCACAUGGGUUCAUUUAUCUUCAAUGAACGAAUGAGAACGAAGAAGAACGCUUUUGAUCCCAUGGGUUCGACGUAGUCUUUCUUCAUAUGCUUUUAUUGCCCACUCUGUGGCUCUGUAUAUUUUUGUUCAUACGUUAAUGGAAGAGGGGAAGGAAGCCCCUUACUGUAGUUACCUUGUGCAAUCACCCUUCAAGCUCUCUAAGAAACAUCGGAUGUUCUUCUGGGAGAUUAAUUUAGAAACUAUCAUUGAUCUUCGUUUUCGUGUGGGCAUGGCGGCAGCUUUGAACGAGGCACUGAAGCUGGAGGUGGAGAGGCUCAAGAUCGCGACGGGGGAGUCGCUCGGCUCGGAGGAGGGCUUCGGGGCUCAGCCCGAGCACUUCGGGACCUCCGGCUUCUUCGCGCUCUCCGAGCAGCAGCAGCCGCAGCAGUACGCGCUCCGCCGCCCUCCGCCGGGCCCCAUGCAGUUCCCAGGCGGCGCCGCGGCUGCGGCGGCGUUGCAGGGUCUGAUGGGGGCCCCCUCUCAGGCUUCGGUGAAGUCCGAGGGCUCCCCGAUCUCUGCAAGCGAGAGCAACAGCAACUUCUAA